AUGGUUCGAGUUUGUGCUAUGCCCAAUUGUGGCCAUAGAAUGCGCAAGUAUAAGGGUCUAAGCUUUCAUCGUUUGCCCCUCUAUGACCCUGAAACAUUGCCUUUAUGGCUGGGUGUUCUUCAACUGGACAUGCAGACUCCAUUUGAAGUACUGAAAGCAAAGGACUACAGAGUGUGUAGUGAACACUUCGACGAUGAUGACUUCAGUCCAACAAGUGAAAAAUGUCGACAUCUGAAGAAAAAUGCUGUUCCAAGACCUAUGGCAAUUACAACUGAGGCUGUUGGCGGUGCGGAGGUGAACGUUCCGGAACCUCGCAGGCUGCUCCUAAGCAGCCCGGAAGGUGAAGGGUCAGAUGAGGGCAGCUCUGACUCCGUCACCUAUCUGGGCUACCCAGUCAUCAGGAACAGGGGCCCUCUGGCGGUGCUUGAGGUGAAGCCAUGGUCUCCUCUGUCCUCCUCUCCUCCUGCUGAUGCUGGUGCGCCAAUCUCUCCCCUCUCCACCACCAUCUCUACCGUAACUGCAGACAGCCCCACCCCCACCUUCCAAGCCGACGAUGACACCAUCGCGACUCUCCCACUGACCAGUGUGAAGGUGGAUGAAGGUGUAGACGAUUGGACAUUUGAUACACACAGUCACCAGGAACACGCACACGCUGGCACAGAUGACAGGAGUACGCCAUACUUCAGGUCGGACAAGAUUAGUUUGUAGGAGGAGGUGACUGUUCAAGUGUCCUGUCUGCUGCAGCUGUUUGACAGGUGUUUGGGCUGCAGUGCGGGGUCGUGUAGUGUCUUGACGCGGCGUGACGGACGUGUUUUCCACGUGACUCAGCAAUGCUGGACCUGCCAGAUCAUCGUGGAAUGGACAAGCCACACUGCCAACACUCAACAGG